UACUCUGGCUAGUUAGUAGUUUUUUUAGCAGCGUCAGAAUUGGGAGAAUGAUUUGAUUGGGAAACAAAGACUUUUGAUACUGUGUCACAGAAGCAUGUCUGUAGUAAUGCAAUACAGCUUGCAGCGGGGGAAGAACACAAUUCUACUUUAGCCAAUCCAAGUUUAGUUGUGUCUAGCUCCUUCCAACAGAUGAGGCAAACAUGUAAGAAUCUUUGAGGCCCCUUCUACACAGCUGAAUAAAAUCCCACAUGUUCUGCUUUGAACUGGGAUAUAUGGCAGUUUGGACUCAUAAUCCAGUUCAAAACAGAUAUUGUGGGAUUUUGUGCCCUGAUAUUCUGGGUUAUAUGGCUAUGUGGAAGGGCCUUGAGCAUUCAUGAAGAGCGAGAAGGGGAGAGCAGAUCACCCUCACCAGCUACACCACCAUGUUAAAAAGCAUCAUCUAUAAGUUUGGCUACCAAAAUGGAAAUUAUUAGAAAAGUGAAGGCUGUUGGGAAAAAAAAAAUCACAGGAUGCGUUUUGGGAGAAGCCUUGAAGUGGUCUCUAGAAGAUUUCAAUUGUUUUCAUUUAUUCAUGCAACACUUACUACUUUUCAUUUCAUGUGUGCCUAUCUUUAGCUCUCAAUCAAAAGUGUGGAAGAGGUUUUAUUUUGUGUCGGAUAGGGAUUUUGGGUGCGUGUAUGGUCUGUUGUGUGCAAUACAUCAUGUGUUGCUGUUUGAAAUUUAUGGUGAACUCUUAUAUUUUUUAAAAAAUUAAUGAGUAGAAAGCUUAGACUGAAAACAAUGGAUAACAUGUAGAAAUAGCAAGACUAUAUGUUUUAAGUUAACUUACUGAUAAUAUUAUGCACUCAAUGUCAGAAUUAACUGGUUGAUUGACUAAUGUAGAUAUGCAUGUAUACAUCCAAAUUAUUGUUACCUGACUAUAUCUGCUAUAAUUUGUUGUUCUGGUUUGCACCAUAAUUGUAAUAAACUGUUUACCCCGCAAAAAAUCACAAGUCUGCUGACACAUGUUCAAGCCACUCUUCUUUUUUGUACUGUAUAGGAACAUUACUCUACUCUUGCCAUGGUACCAAAAUUUCUGUUAAAGAAGCAAUGGCCAGGAACACAUCUGCCUCUAUUUAACUGAGGUAGACCUGGUUAUUCAAUCAAAAUACGUCUAAGUUUAUGAUAUUCUGAACUCUGCUUUGGAAACCAGUGACAAAUGGGUUGGACGAAGGCUACAGCAGGAAGCCGAGGAGAAUGUCACAGAUAACCCUGAAGCAACAGGGCAUCUUUAUUUCAAAAACUGCACUGAACCAGCUCUCCAUGAAUUCCCUAAUGACAUCUUCACAAAUGAGGACCGGCGGCAUGGAGCAGUAGUUCUGCACGCCUUCUGUGCUGUCUACAUGUUCUAUGCUUUGGCUAUUGUCUGUGAUGAUUUCUUUGUUCCUUCAUUGGAAAAGAUUUGUGAACGCCUGCACCUCAGUGAAGAUGUGGCAGGAGCAACAUUCAUGGCAGCUGGUAGCUCUGCUCCAGAACUGUUUACGUCUGUCAUAGGUGUAUUUAUCACAAAAGGAGAUGUUGGUGUGGGAACAAUUGUUGGCUCUGCCGUGUUCAACAUUCUAUGUAUAAUUGGGGUUUGUGGCCUCUUCGCAGGGCAGGUUGUUGCGCUGUCAUCCUGGAGCCUCUUGAGAGAUUCAUCGUACUAUACUUGUUCUAUUAUUGCACUUAUUUUGUUUAUUUAUGAUGAAAUGGUUACUUGGUGGGAGUCCUUAAUUUUAGUGCUGAUGUAUGUCAUCUACAUUCUCAUCAUGAAGUUUAAUUCCAAUCUACAACAUCUGUUUGAAAAGACAACAAAGAAUGCAACAAACAUGGUGAAUGGAUUAGCAAAUAACACAGAGAUGGAUGACAAUAGCAAUUGUGAUGCUACAGUGGUAUUACUAAAGAAAGGUAACUGUUCCAGAAAUUACCACCGCAAAGCAUCUGUGAUCAUGGUGGAUGAACUGCUGUCUGCAUAUCCACACCAGCUUUCCUUUUCAGAAGCUGGGCUCCGGAUAAUGAUAACAAGUCACUUUCCUCCCAGAACCCGGCUCUCAAUGGCUAGUCGCAUGUUGAUCAAUGAGCGGCAGAGGCUAAUAAACAGCAAAGUCUACACCAAUGGAGAAUCAGAGGUGGCCAUCAAGGUCAAGCAUACUGUGGAGAAUGGGUCAGGGCCCAGCAAUUCUGCUGACAGAGGCACAAAUGGAACCAGAAGAGAUGAGGAGGCUGCUGUAGCUGGAAAUGAAACGGAAAAUGAAACUGAUGACAAUGAAAACAAUGAGAAUGAUGAAGAGGAAGAGGAAGAGGAAGAUGAGAGUGAUGGUCCUUACACACCCUUUGAUCCACCAUCUGGCGUGGCAGAAAUGCUCAAGUGGCUGUUUACCUGGCCUCUCUCUUUGCUCUUGUACUUCACGGUGCCCAACUGCAAUAAACCCCGCUGGGAGAAGUGGUUCUUGGUUACAUUUGCCUCCUCCACAAUCUGGAUUGCAGGCUUUUCCUACAUCAUGGUGUGGAUGGUGACAAUAAUUGGCUACACCUUAGGUAUUCCUGAUGUGAUCAUGGGAAUAACAUUUCUGGCAGCUGGAACCAGUGUCCCGGACUGCAUGGCAAGCCUUAUUGUAGCAAGACAAGGUAUGGGGGACAUGGCUGUGUCCAACUCAAUUGGGAGCAAUGUUUUUGACAUUCUGAUUGGCCUUGGCCUUCCAUGGUCUAUGCAGACCCUAGCAGUAGAUUAUCGCUCCUCCAUUAAGUUGAACAGCCGAGGACUUAUUUAUUCUGUGGGUUUGCUGCUGGCCUCAGUUUUUUUCACUGUUUUCGGUGUCCAUUUGAAUAAAUGGAAGCUGGAUAAGAAGCUGGGGUUUGUGUGCCUUUCCCUCUAUGGCAUCUUCUUGUGUUUCUCCAUCUUGACAGAAUUUAAUGUCUUCACUUUCGUGAAUUUGCCCAUGUGCAGAGAUCACUGAUCUCAUGGACAGACUGCUGAGAGGCGACGUCCUUCUUUACCUGUGCAAUAUGAAACAUGGCUGGCAUCUCCAAGCAGGAAGAGGUGCCCCAUGAAGGCCGUGAAGUACACCUCCUCACUGUUCAUCAGCUCCUCUUCCUGUCUUGGUUUAGCUUCUAAGCCGCCCCUUCACACAUACAGGCACAAACUUGGAAACCUCCUGCGUUGAUGUGAAGAUUUACAAACUCAGACACUCUGAACCAUGGUUGGCAGUCUAAGUAAAUUAACUUCUAUCUGGCACUGAGCUAGAGAAGCUGAACUACAUUUUUUUUCUUUUUUAACUUAUUUGAUUGAAGACUAAUCUAAUUUAUGAACUGAGACUAUAGCUAGGAUACAAAGAAGAAGGUACAUUGUGUUGGGUGCUUUCUGAGGAAAAGAGAAGGAAUCGGUUUUAUUCCUUUUUCCCAAACAAGCUAUCUUGCAGCUUCCUUAUUUUUCUGAAUACUCAAUUUCAUGGGAUGAUCCAAAAGCCACAAAUGGCACUAUGGGAAAUGAGUUCCAGGUACUUGUUAAUAGAAAUGGACCUUGUACUUUGGAAAGAAAUCAUGGCGACAGUGCAAAACAGCUUCCUUACCAGAAGUAAUGUAUCACUCAGUGAGAUGUGAGAGGACCUCUAACUGAAUGAAGACUAUACAGCUGAAUAAUAAUGCUGCCAUGUUCUUUUCUUAAACAAAACAAUUUUAUUGCUAACUUGUUUGUUGUAUUUCCGAGCAAUAGUUUUAGAUUUACCAGCCCUGGAAGGUUAAUGAAGUGGCGUCCUGGUUUUAACAGUCAGUAAUUUGAAUUUGAAAUGCAAAGCCAGGCACAAAGUCUGGACAGGACUGACCUCUUGUGGUUUCUCAAUAUUUAUAGUUUACACAGCACUUUUAGAUUGAAAAAUAUUUUAUGACCCCUUACCUUGUUUGUCCCGGAAACAAUCCUGAGAGGUAAGUCCUAACAUUCCCAUAGAGAAUAUAUUUUGAAUGGGGGAGUUGAGGUUGAAGGAGAAUGAUGUGCCAAAGGCCAGUGAAUUCAUCUAGGACUAAGCUAAGGUUUGAACCAAACAGUUGGGGGUCCAAAUCAAAAGCCAUCCUCCUGAAUCACCAGGCUGGUUCUCAGUGUACAUGAGACAGAGAACAGGGUGGGCAGGGCAUUUCAAGUCACCUUAUUCAUUGAGAGGAAGACAUCAUCACAUGGCACACAUUUUAACAAAUAGUUGUAGACACUGGUUUUUGAAAGGCAUAUUUUGCACAGAUAUUAUUGCUGAGGUUACUCUUUGCCACUCUGCAGAGGAUACACUGGACCUGGGUAGGUUUUAUUCCCUUCUUCCAAAAGACUGCGACUCAAUUUACUGAGAACUUUUCCUCUGGAGCAGUGGUUCUUAAGACACAACUUGUGGGUCCCUAUGUGUUUUGGCCUACAACUCCCAAAAACCCCAGCCAGUUUACCAGCUGUUAGGAUUUUGUGAGUUGAAGGCCAAAACAUCUGGGGACCCACAGGUUGACAACCACUGCUCUGGAAGCUUAAUGUUGGGAUCCCUUCUCAGUGGAUUGUGUUCUCUUGAGACAAAGUUGCUUUAAACUUGUCUGUGUCUUUUUGGAGGUUGCUGGGUAUUAAGUAGUUAAGAUGGCAGUGGAAAAAAAUGCCAUUCAGUGUCCCAUUGCAUCCUAUUGUGAUUUGGUGUGAUAUAUUCUGUUCAUAUUACAAAAGCAUUACACCUCAGGAGAAAUAGCCAUCAACGUCUCACUUGCAUAGUUAGCAGAACUGUGCAUCCCUGGUUGUUCACGUGAAACACUUGACAUUUCUGUUUAAAAUGAUGUGUACAUUUUAUUUGUAAUGAGGGAUAUCCCCCAGACAAAUGUUUGACUUAUAUUUUAUCUGUAACUUACAAAGAUCAUUAUUAAUAGAGAAGCAAGCUUUUCUGCACACACUUAUAUUCACAUCUAUUGACCCACCAAUUUGCACUUUUCCGUAUGAUUAUUUCAAAAUGAAUUUCCUUGGGAUAAAUAGUGUUAAAUAAAAUUUUCUAAUCUACAAUUUCCCUUUAUCACAGCACCUUGCUUUCUCUUAGGAUGUCCACAAUGAGCAGUCAGUAGAUGUAGUUUUUCUUGUACCUUUGGUCAGUUAUACUCAUGGCUGGUAUACAGCUAACACAGUACAGUUCAGUAUAGUUUAACGGAGAAAGAAAAAGUUGGUUCACCCCCCCCCCUUCAGUCUUCUGUUUGUCUGUCUGUCUGUCUAAAUGUGUGUUGCAAAUUCCAAAGCCUGUUUUACGUCACACAUAGGGAAUUAACCACCAGGCUUUUUGGCUUUAUGUGAGAGUGUCCACAGAAACAGAUCUAGGACUCAUCAAUGGACCGUGGUGUGAGUGUGAGAAGGGGUUCAUCCCCCCACCCCCCACCCAUCAUGGCUCUUGUCGUUUGAAGGGGAAGAUUAGUUGUGAUAAUAAGUUUGUAUAUUACUCAUCUUCUCAUCUUCAGCCAAUAUGCUCCUGAAAAAACAGGAUUUCCCAAAACACAGUUAGAAAGGCAUUGGUUUUGACAUCUCUCUCAUACCUUCUUAAUGAAGUUUUUAAUGAAGUCAAGUAAUAGUUGCGACUCAGUAUAUAAUUUCAACGCUCAGAGAUAUAUUUUAAAUCUUCUAGAUUACUACCGUGAUUGCACAAUAGAUCAUAUUUGGAAAAGAAAUUCACACUAGGAUGUGAUGAAUCACAGUCUCUUUUGAGGAUUUGUAGGGCAGCUCCAAUGGAGCCAGUUGGAUCUAUUUCUGUGAAAUAGCCUUUAUCUACCCAUGGCACUAUACCAUAUUAACUGCAUCAAAAAGACCUUUCAUGUUGGAGGGAAGUCGAAUAAUAGGUGUCAAUGUAGCAUUGAGUGCAUUGCUAGCUUGGCAAGUAUGCACUAUGAGAGCAAGUCAGGGAACUGAGCCAAUUUGAUUAAGUUGGGGGUUUGAGUAAGAGGGUUGACAAGCCAUACCUGAAUUUACAUCAAAAGGGUGUGUUCUCUAACCCAGCAUCUCUGGUGUGCCCUGCCAGAGCUAGAGCCUGAGAAGCAAUAAGGAGAGUUUCUGUCAUAGAUAAGGCAACAGUGCAGAAGGCUACCAGGCUCUGUACAAAACCUGGAUUUCAGUUAGUCUGUUAUUUCACAACAGGGUCCCCUCUGGUUUUGAAGAAGACUCUUAGACUAUUAUUAAUUUAAAUUAUCUUGACAACAUUCUAUAGAAUUCUGGAAUGGUUUGUACUUUGGUGAGGCACUAGAAGGCUGAUACUUCUAGAUGACCCUCCAUAAAUUGCUAACCCCAGGAUUUCAUGGGAUGUUGCCUUGGCAACUAAAGUGGAAUAUAACACAGUUAUUCUAUGGUGUAAUGGGGACCUAUGCCCCAAUAAACAAUUUCCAUACAGCCAUAGCUAUACACUUAUAGCUGUAUGGAAUCCUCGCAGAGUGCAAUGUAGGCUGUAGUUUUUGGCAAUCAUUCAUGUUGGAUUCACUUUAUGGAAAUUGACACAAUAUAUACCUGAUUUCAGACAUUUAGAUGGCUCUAAAUAUUCACACAAUAUGUGUGCAUCGCUGCGAUCUGUAUUCUGAAUAUGCAGAAAUGAUUGUUGUUUGGCUCUUACUCCUGAUACGGAUAGUUUUGAGGAUAACCCCGAUCCCUACUUCAUUUUAAAAAUAUUGAAAAUACUGGGGGAAUAUAGGUGAAUAACUUAGAAGUGGUAGUUUUGUUUCUCAGUUAACUGUGGUACCUUUGAAAGACACAGUUCAGUGAGAUUAUCAUAAUGUUCUCCCAAGUGCUUAAGAGACGUGUACAGUUCUUUCCUCUUCUCCGUUUCAGAGGUGGAAGUGGCGGGAACAUUUUUAUGACCACUUCCUGAAUGAUUGUAUGAACACUAAUUUGGCAUUAGAUAUUCUGUGUCAUCCACCAUUUAGGUUACAAGUUUGAGACUAUUAGGUGUCCUAUUCAGAUGAAUGAAAUGUAUAUAGGAACGAGCCAAAUAUUAACGUGAUUUCAUUGCCAUUAUUUUUGAUACUUCUGUUUUUGUAAAUUUUUAAUAACCAUUUUUGCUAUUUCUUUCCCCCCAAAGAGUGAAUAACACAGUAAGUUUAAUUUGAACUGAGGUUUUUUUCCUUGAUGUGCAAAUUAUCUUUGCUCACAAAAUAAAAAUCAAGGAAUCACCGAGUUGAAUGCAGUUUUAAUUCAAAUACUGUAAUGUGUUUCUAAAACAAACUUUAAAAUACUAAACAUCUAUUGACAUGGAAUCACAUUGCCUCCAAAGGUAGACAGGUAAAAAUAAUGUCAUAUAAAGCAUUUUUUCCUACAUUUCCUCUUAGAUGUUAUUUGUCACCCCCCAAAAAAGGAACUCAAGAACUUUUGAAACUUUCCAUUUGACACAUUUUUAGUAGAAUGUUUUCUUUGUACCUUUGGGGGUAGACGAGAUUUAAGAUUUGUGCAGUUAAGAAAUCCCCAUGAAAUUCAUGAUGUUGCAAUAAGUCAGUAGACAAGUUGAAGGCACAUAGACAUACACAAUUAAACAUGGGGGUUCUCAUCAACUACUUUCACCUUUUCCAGUGUUCUUUGUCUCCAAUAGAGAGGAAGAGCGGGAGAAAGCCAAUUAUUAUGUAAAUGGAUGCAACUGCCAUUGCUUAUUUUAGGGAUAAGAAAGGAAUUAUACUAACUUCAAACUUCUUAGGCUCCUUCUACACUGUCAUAUAAAAUCCAGAUUAUCUACUUCAACUUUAAUUAUAUGGCAGUGUAGACUCAUAUAAUCCAGUUCAAAAGAGAUAAUCUGGAUUAUUUACCUUGAUAAUCUGGAUUAUAUGACAAUGUAUAGGGGACCUAAGAGUUAAGAUUUUUUGGAGGGGGGUAGGAAUCUGAAGCUCCUAUCAUGUAAAUUCCCUAACAUAAGCAAAUAGCAUCAAUUCUUACGGUGCACAAGAGCUUGAAGCCUCCAGCCCUCACAUGUUCUGUCUCUGGUGUGUCAGUUUUAUACUUACAGAGGGUUUUAUCUUAGAUACAAUUCAAAUGGUCUCUUCCACCUACUAUCUGAGUUGAUAAAAACAAAUUUGGAAAAUAGUGACUCUCUAACAUACAAAUCCCUCUCUCCUUAUAUGGGACUUGGAACAGUAAGGCUUCAGAAUCUCAGUGUGACCUGGAUAAGUGUCAUGAAGAACUGCCAUUCCUGAUACAAAUACCCAUUAUCAUGUAUGUGGAAGCUAGCUGAUACACUCUCCUUCCUUGUACUUUUGUUUCUGUUUCCUUUGUCUUCUGUGGUUUGUGCUGGAUUAGGCCAUUUUCUACUAAAUGUGUUCUUUGUGUGGGAAGUACUAGUUUGUAUGUCAGUGACAAUGGCCCUGUGGUACAAAUAUGUUUGAUAUGUCACAAAACCGGAAAGGAAUUAGUAGUUGGUGGUUCACAGUUAACCACGAAAGCAAAGAAGUUAUAUAACAUUGUCAAUAUAUUUUUCAGCAUUUCCACAGUCCUACAUGAGAAGUAUACUGUAUCAUAUGAUUAAAAACCCUAGGGACAAUUGACACAUGAGUCAGCAUUAAAUUGCUUCACUAGACAACUUUCAUGAGAUUAUUAACAAUAAGUAUUGCUUAGUAUACUGUAUAUGUGAAUCCUUUCCUCCUUGUUCAAAGCAUUCCUCAUACAUAUUGGGGAAAAAUAUUAAAUGCCUGUAUACUUAACCCCGUGUUAGAUACUUUAGAUCAAUAGUUCUCAACCUGUGAGUCCCCAGAUGUUUUGGCGUUCAACUCUCAGAAAUCCUAAGAGCUGAUAAAUUGGCUAGGAAUUCUGGGAGUUGUAGGCCAAAACACCUAGGGACCCACAAGUUGAGAACUACUGCCUUAGAUCCAGUGUGGCAUGCUGAAUUAGGACUCCAGGAGGCCAGGGUUCAAUUCCCCAUUAGGCCAUUGAAAAACACUAGAUAACCUUGGACAAGUCAUACUCCCUCAACUUCAGUGGAAUCCAAAAGCCAAUCCCUUCUGAACAAAUCUUGCUGAGAAAACUUUGUGAUAGUUCAUCUUAGCUUUACCAUAAGCCAAAAAUGAGUUGAAAACAUGCAUCAACAAGAAUUAGAUAUGUUAGGCUGAGUCUGAGGCCAAGAUCCUCUUGAAUGCCAGCAGAGCAAAAGGCCUGAUGGUCUAGUGACAGGGUGCCAUGAUGCAUGUGAGCCUUACCACUGAGAAAAUGUGAAUUCUGCCCAUAGAACUCCUGGAAGCAGUGGAAAUUCCAUACUACUCACAUUGUAGCCCAUUGUGUCACUGGUUUAAUUCAGUAAGAUCCUAGCCUUUUGGUUAUCUGUAUGAGCUAUAUAUGAAACAUAACUAAAUUUCACAUUUAGACUUUGCUUCCAUCUCCAAAAUAGCUCACUAUAUAUGUAUAUGCAAAUACAGGUAUACCAAAAAUUAAAAUUCCAAAUGUUCCUUCCUGGUCCCAAACAUUUUGAGUAAUGUACAAGAUUGUCCCCAAAAUAAAAUCCACCCUACAAAAAAGAUUUAAAGUAUAUGUCUCUUGCUAAUUCAUAGGAUAUGGGAAUUACCUUUUCUUCUUACAAAUGGAAUAUAGUAUAGGAGGGGGGACAAAGCAAGAAUCAGGAAGACACAAAUCAAUAUUUAGUACUCUCCAAGUUACAGUUACAAGUCAUAUACUAUAGACCAACAGUUACUACUAGUUGAUGUGCUAGAGCAAGCCAGAAGCCAUGGUUAUGUUCUGCAGGUAUCUACCCCUUUCAUACAUGAAGUAUGCAUGCUUACAACAAGAUAUGCACAUGGAUAAGGUGAAUUGGGUACUCCUCAUUAUGCCGGUUAAGUCAUAUGUGUCAGAAACAUCUAAUGAGGUAAGGCAGAGGAGAGAUCUACUCUCUUUUCUGAAGUAAAAUCUUCUUACCCUUUGCUUUGUCUUUCAGCAAGGCAGGCCCAUAAAGAGCCUGGCUGCAUGUAGCUCCAUGAAGUCCCAUUAGCAUUCCUUUUUUGCAGUAGAAGCAUCAGCUCAACAAGUCAUAUCACAAACUACUUAUGAAACACUUUUCCAUUAGCAUUUUUAUUCAUGGCAUGAUGGUGUGCAUGGGAAUGGUAGUCCUCACUUUUUAAAAAAGUCUAAAGUAAGCUAGUUUUAAAGUAUCUGUUUAAAGAGUCUUAAAGCUGACCUCAGAUAUUUUGUUGAAAGAAACUGUUGGCAUAAUCUUCCCAAUGGAAAUCUGGAAGAGACCAGGCAAUAUAUUAGAGCCUGCAGGAAAAGACAAAGGGGAACCCAAAGUGUAGGACACAGUAGAACAUAGUGCAAAAAAGGCAAGACGAGAAGCACAGUGGCUAUCAGAAUAAAUAGUUUUAAAAGGGCUUUGGAUAACAUCAUGGAAAAGGAUGGAGUUAUCAGUUGGAUCUGGCUAGGAUGGCAAUACGCCACCUCCAGGACUAAAAGCAGUGUGCCCAAGCAUCUGCUGGUGGGCUUCCAACCAGACACAAUGGUGGAUUAGAUAGAUCUUUGUUCCCUUUCAGCAUGCCUCCCUAUAUUUUUAUGGCAACAUUUGACAAUGUAGCCCAUGUUCUAAGUACCCAGUGCUGAAUAAAAAUGCAGUCAGCUCACCAUAUCCAUGAGUUCAGCAUCCACUGAUUCAACCAACCACAGCUCAAACAUUUUAGGAAAAAUAAUUGACAUUAUUUUACUAUAAUGAGACUUGAGCAUCCAUAGACUGGUAUCCACAUGGGGGUACUGGAACCAAAGCACAGUGGAUACCUAAGAGCUACUGUAUACUGAAUUUCUUCUCCGUAUAGUAGCACUAUGGUGAUGAUGGUUAUGCCUCCUGCUCUCUUCUUGAGUACGUUUGAACAGCUAUUUGUGUGAAGGCGGUGCUUGAGGUUCCUGUGGACUUACUUGAUGCAUCUUCUUCCUACUCUUGCAAGAGAGAUGUAUUUCUUGUCAAGAUGCUUGAUUGCCAUUCUAAGGUGUAGUUGAAUAGAACAGAUGCUCGUGUGCUACAAUUUAAGUCAACCCUUUGAUUCCUUUUGUCAUUCAUAUUUUUAGGGUACCUACCUAACCUAGGAUGAAUUAAGCAUACACUUAUCUUGCAAAAUAGGGGCUCUUCUUCCACACUGUCUCCUUGUACUUUUUAAAAAAGUAACACAGUAAUACUAAAAUAUUAAAAUUAAUUGAAAGUUCUUACUUAGGCCAGUCUCAGGAACAGUCUCUUUUAAAAUGAACCAUUUCCUUUUAUAACUUAGCAAUGUGACUAACAAUGCUAAAAUAUGACUUUUAGCUAGAUUUUUUAAAUGAUCCCACUGUGUUACGAAGCCCUAUUAAUAUGCAGAAUUCAGUCAGGGAGGUCCUCAUAUUUUAGUGAUUUAGAAAAGCUUUGUAUUUAGCCUUAUAAUGUUUGUAUUUGUUUGAGAUAUAAUAUCAAAUGUGAUACUAAGCAAUAAUGUUACUUUACUGGGUUAAUCACGCAGUCUUCUACAUACACAAAGUUGUGUAUUGAUUUUCUUGGAGCUCCAUACAUGCAAAGAGGACCAUGCAUGAAGUGGUCCCCACUGCCCCAUCCUGAUCACAGAAAUAAAUAGGAAAAUCCACUUUUACAUUGGUUCCACAUUCAAUAUACAAAAUGCUUUACCCUGCAGAUGUGCAACACAUGGAUGAGCCCAAAACCCCUAGCACAUUAGAGAGAGUUACUGUACACCUUAUCCCUUGCUGACUUAGUUUUCUACCUUCAGGGAAGUUUGUGUUUUCUUAACCCUCUUCUACAGACAAAAGUGGCACAGGGUUGCUGUGAGUUUUCCAGGCUGUAUGUUCCUGAAGCAUUCUCUCUUGACGUUUCAUCCACAUCUAUGGCAGGCAUCCUCAGAGGUUGCAAGGUCUGUUGGCAACUAGGCAAGUGUGGUUUAUAUAUCUGUGGAAGGUCCAGGUUGGGAGAAAGAACUCUUGUCUGUUUGAGGCAAGUGUGAAUGUUGCAAUUGGCCACCUUGAUUAACAUCCUAUCAUUUUAUUCUCCCUUCAUUCCACUGUGUGUCAGGGAGACUUCAGUCCCAUUUAAACACACGGAACUCAACAAUUCCUAACUUUUCCUAUAUGUAUUCAAUGCCAUAUUGGUAUCAUUUAUGCACUGGAUUUGAUGGUCAUCUGAGGAAGGGCAAAGGAUGAGAGCAAGCUUUUGCACUGAUCUAAACUUUAAGAGGAAUACAGAGUGAGGGAUCAGGUUGGGGAAAAAGAGGAGGGCUCAAUUUCCUCCCCUGUUUCAUUGCCUUGUCUUGUAAGUCCCUCCUUGUAUAUAAUCUGAAUUAUAUUGCCGGGGCUCUCUUGACCGCAGAUGCCCCUUUGUUCUUGUGGCUCCUUGCUUGUAGGUGGAUGUGUUUUACUGUAGCGUAAGCACAAGCUUUUGGCGCCACAGUCUGUGUCUUUCUGUUUGGUCUUCUUCCAUGUCUACUAAUGUUUUGUCUUACACUGUAAUUGCAUGCUAGGAGGUAGUUUUAGAAUGUACAGAAUAGUGCGGAACAGAUGGAAUUAGUCUAUUUGUUUCUUUCAGAAAACAAAUAGUUUACAUAUCAACUGGUAGCUAGGAAAUACGUGACUGUAUAUUUUGAACUUUUACAAUAUUAAGUUUCCCAAAGGAGAAGACAGCAUUUUUGAAGUGGACUUUGCACUAGGGAAAAAAAAGUGAUCUGCUUUACCUAAAUCAUAUCGGACCUUUUUGGUACGCAAAAUGAGGACUGCCCCUUUUUUUAGAAGAAAGGAUGAAAGAUAUAUAUACACCGACUAUUGCUAACCUGGUUUGAUAACUGCAUUCCAAAAGUACUUAGGCGCUCUUGAAUAGUGGACAUCCUGCACUAAAUUAUAUUUAAAGCAAACCAAUUGUACACAUAGAUAGUUGGACAUAUUUCUGUCCUUAUUUUUUUAAAAUUAAGAAGCAUAGAUUUAUAUUCAGCUUUGUACCUUACACCCUUUGUAUUAUAUGAAGCCCCAGUACUGCCUCCCUAUGCCUUGGUAGCUGGCUGCCAUCUGAACAGAAAACAAGCUGGUUAUGGCUGCUGCUGAGCUGAUAACGGUUGCCAACAACUUAAAAACAAUUUCUCAUGUUUAGAAGUAUAAAAUAUGAGAAUUGCUCAUUUUUCGUAUUUGUAUCAAGAGUCAAUGGAAAUACAGUAUGCCAGAGAUGGGUAUAAUGUAUCAGUUCUAGUUGAGCAUAUGUUAGCUUUGUAACUUUUGUAGUAUUUUUUAAAACUAGUGUCAUUGCUAAAUUGAAAUUUCUUUCUUUGGUUAUAAGGAAAGAUUUAAUUUGUGUGCAGUGGUCUGGACAAUGAUUCGUGUAUUUAUUUUAUUUAUUUUUAACUGAGAAUGUAGGUCUUGUAUCAGGGAAGCAAUCCUUAUUGUGAAAGGAUAUGUAAACGGAUAAUGAAUUGGAGCAUACGCUUUAGUUCUUCUAUGAGAACACCACUCUGAGCCAUCUGCUUUUGUGCUUUCCUGUAUCAAAGCCCCACAAAUACACCAAACACAAUGUGCCAGGAAGACGUCCUGCACAAGCACCAAUGAAAUGCUAAGUGUGUAAACAUUUAUUGUCAUGGCCGUUGUGCCGGAUAAUUUUUCUGCUGGACUGUGGCUUUUAGUAUCAUAUGUGCCAACUUCUGAACUGUUGAAAAUAAUCUAUUGUAUGGCCUUUGGCAUCAAAUGUGUCAACCGAUCCCCCCAAAAUCUAUUGUAUUGCUAUUUGAUUUACUCAUAUAUACUAAAUAACUUAUACACACACAGCUUAAAGCUGACACCUCUGUAUGGUGCAUAUUGAUUGUACCUCUUUCUGGUUCUCAAUCUAUGUUUUUAUUUUGUUUUUUAAAUAAGCAGCACAAGGUACUAAUGGCUCAGGUUUUGGUAGUACUGUCAUGUGUGCAUGCAUGUGUUGAUAAAAGGCACCAAGGGGUCACUUUUCUCCAUCCCAACAGACCCUUUCUUGUGAACCCUGGUGUUUCAAUAAAUGAGAAAAAAUAAAAGAAAUAGUAGAAUGUU